GACACAAAGCAAGAAGAAGAAAAUGAUAAAUAUUUUCCAUUAUAGUUAAAUCAUUUAUGAAUUGUAGUCCCAAAUGGUGUCUCAUCGCAUUAAAGGAUAAACUCGCGUUGAAAAUAAGCAGAAAGUGAAAUACAUUUCUUCAGAAGCAUUCAAAUACAAAAUUCUUCAUCCUCAUAAAAAAGCACAGCUAAAGGAUUCAGCAAACAAAUGUGAAAAAAUUAUGAGCGUAAAACGAGGAAAAAGGAAAAAUUAAAUAGAGAAAUUGAAAGUGAUUUAUAUUCCGGGCAAAGAUAAAAGUGUUAUUUUUAUGGUGGUUUCAUUUCAGCACAUCAAAAAAAACCUCAGUUGAAAAUCCUUAAUUCUUAAAAGGAAUAAAAAGUGAAAAAUAAGAAGAGAAAAGCCAAACAUUUCGUGGCUUAAGGUUGGACGAGGUGUUUGUUUGUUAAUUUCAAGUGCCACUCAAAACAAAUACAGUUUUAAUCUGUUUGCUUUCUGCUCCUUCUUCUCUUAAUCCAUUUCAUAUAAUUGAAAUUUAAUAAAAAAUAAAGAAAAAAAUCUCUGAGGAUAUAAAAAGAACGAAAGCCAAAUGUAAACAACAAAAUAUAUAAAUUAUCGAUAAACAUCGUGCAAAUCAACACAGUAAAAGCUUGAAAUAUAACUCGAUAUGAAAAUUAGGCGCUCAAUUGACCAGAAACACUCAAUCACACAGCCUUGCAUCAAUUGGCAAAGUGAACAAACGAAGCUGAAACAUGAGCCAAUUAAAUGUUCGACAAGUAUUGAAAGAUGCAGACUAUUAAAUAUGCUCAAACUGUGGAAAUUUGUAGUGAUAGGUUGUGUAUUGUUAGCAUGUUUAAUUAAUGGAACCAAUGCUACAUUUGGCUGCUCUAGUAAUCCAUGUAUAUUUGGCGUUUGUAUCGACGAUUUAAAUAGCUCAUAUUCUUGUUACUGUAUUGAUGGCUACACGGGUAAGCAAUGUCAAACGAAUUGGGAUGAGUGUUGGUCGUCGCCAUGUGUAAACGGUGGAACGUGUAUUGAUGGCGUUGCAUCCUAUAACUGUACAUGUCCUGAUGGAUUUAACGGUGUAAACUGCGAAGAGAACUUGGACGAAUGUUUGUCGAAUCCAUGUCAAAAUGGCGGUACCUGUGAUGAUAGAAACAACGGAUAUGUCUGUUAUUGUCCCCUUGGAUAUGCUGGAAACCAUUGUGAAUUAGAUGUUGCUGUUUGCGAUACAGGAAGUGGAAAUAAAUGUCAUAACGGUGGAAUGUGCGUUGAGGGGCGUGGGCUCGAUUUUACUUGCGACUGUGCUCCAGGAUGGAAAGGUCGUUUCUGCAGCAUUGAAAUUGAUGAAUGUGAAAGUUCACCAUGUUUGAACGGCGGUGUUUGUAUAGACAAAAUAGCGGCAUAUGCUUGUGUUUGUGCAGUUGGUUUCACUGGUCCUAACUGCGAGGAAGACAUUCAAGUAUGCAAUGAUUCACCAUGUCACAAUAGCGCACUUUGUCUGAUGGAAGAAGGCCAGCCGGUUUGUUAUUGUGUUCCUGAUUUUCAUGGCGAGAAAUGUGAAUAUCAAUAUGACGAGUGUCAACUUGGACCAAGAUGUUCAAAUGGCGGACAAUGCAUUGAUGGAGUGGAUGAUUUUUCAUGCACAUGCAAAAAUGAUUUCAAAGGAAUGUUUUGUGAAUGUGUGCAAUUACCAAAUGGCGAUCUCGACUGCAAUUAUACAAAUCCUUUUGAAAGGAGAAUUUCUACAACGCCAAAAUUUGAAGCCAAUCCCAGUUCGAUGUUCAUAACAAGCACAUUAAUGUUUGAUUCAACUACACAAUCAAUUGAUAAUGAAAUGGAAACAUCUCAACUGCCAGCAGAUUUAACAUCUGCUUCAACAUCAACAAUCACUCAGUCAGUGCCAACGACAACAUUCGAUAUUUCAUCAUCUACAAUCAACGUUCUUGAUUUAAGUAAGUCAACUGAGCUUUUAACUUCUACUUUCUCUCAAACGCAAAGCUCAUCAACGACUGACAUAACUCAAACUGAAUCUUCAUCGACGACAUCAAACACGGAAACAUUUUCUACUGAGAGUUCGAGUCCUUCUACUGAAAUGUCUUCAACUUUGACCUCUGAAAGCUAUUCAUCAUCAUCAAUGACACCUAUUAUAACAUCGCGACCAACGAAUAAGACUACAAAACUUCGACCAUGCCCUCCAGAUAUGUUUACUCGUUCAACAUUACCUUACACGAGUUCUACCAGAUUCUAUGACAGUACAACUGAAAAAUUAAGCUCAGAUUCGUCUUCAACAUUUCUCGAUGAGACAACAAAUGUUAGUAGCUCUCAGUCUACUGAAACAACUGACAAUACACGCUCAAUUUCAACGGAAGAUUCAACACAAGUUUCGACAAGUACAAGCAUUGAAUCUACAACAAUUGAAGCUUUAAGCACAACGACGACAGAAAUUUCAACAUCAACAGAUUCAUCAACAACUUCAAGUUCAGAAAGCUCUACAGAAUCAAGUACAGAAUCUAUGACAACAAUGGCAAUGUCGACAACUCCUUGGACGACUUCAACAAUUGCUUUAACCACAUCGACUCAAGAAGAUACUACAACAAAAAAACCAGAAGAAAACUUAAGUCCGAAAUGUGUUUGUCUUUAUGAUCGUCAAGAUCCAAAUUGUAAAUCUUUGAUCAGAAUUAAAAAUGCUGCAUUUUCUGGAGAUUCUUAUCUGAGUCAUCUUAUUUAUUCAAAUGAAAAAGAUUUUGACACUCAACCACUUGAAAGUAUUUUGCCGAUAAACAUUGAACUAAAAGCACGCACUCGUGCUACUGAUGGAUUAAUUUUAUUGGCAAUUGCUGAAGGAUCUCAUGGUGGUCACUACACAGCUUUAUUCCUUCACAAUGGGCUGCUUCAAUUUCAAUUUUCUUGUGGCCUUCAAACGAUGUUGUUGAGUGAACUUGAAGCGCCUAUUAACACAGGUCACGAGUUCACAAUUCAAGUCGCACUCGAUUUCAGUCGCAACCACUCACAUUGUAAUGCAUCACUGAGAAUCAACGAUACGCUUGCAAUGAGUGGUGAUCAACCAACGUGGCUUGGCGUCAAGACAUUGGGAAAGAGUAAAACGAUAAAUUCAGUUUGGCUUCAUCUUGGUGGGUCACCACAAACACCAGUCGUUCUAAUGAGUGAACUGCCUGGUGGUCAAGGAUUCACAGGAUGUUUGUAUAGCUUGAAAUUCAAUGAUAAAUAUAAAGAAAUCUUUAGGGAUGCUUACGAUGGCUUUGGAAUAACAGAAUGCGGUUCAUUAGCUUGUUUAUCGAAUCCUUGCCGAAAUGGUGGAACAUGUGAAGAGAAGCUUUAUGAUCAUCAUGACAUGGAAAAUGACAUCAGCGAUGGAAGUUAUAAUGUCAAUGAAGUUAUGGAAAAUCGAUGGAAAUGUAAAUGCCCGACUGGAUAUUUAGGAAUUGCUUGUGAACGAUCAGUUUGUGACAACAAUCCCUGUAAUUAUGGUGGAACUUGUGUUGAAUUUCCAGGCAGUGGAUAUCUUUGCUUAUGUCCACUUGGUAAACAUGGACAUUACUGUGAACAUAAUCUCGAAAUCGAUCAACCUUCUUUCUCGGGAAGUGUUAAUGGACUUUCAUCAUUCAUUUCAUAUCCAGUGCCAAUCCCACUUGAAUCAACUUUAGACUUAAGCUUUAAAAUUACGCCAUCAACGUCAUCUCAAAUUUCACUUUUGGCAUUUUUAGGCCAAAAUGGUGUACAUGAUGAAAAGAGUGAUCAUUUAGCAGUGAGCUUUAUCCAAGGUUACAUCAUGUUAACAUGGAAUCUUGGCAGUGGACCGAGAAGAAUUUUCACUCAAAAACCACUUGCGUUUCAUGACGGUGAAGAUGAAGUGAUUUCGUAUCAUAUUCAAGUUAUUAGAGAAGGUCGUAAAGCUUCACUUUACAUCGAUGGAAAGUUGAAUGUUACUGGAAACUCUCCAGGUGAUGUGACAAGAUUAGAUGUUGUACCGACACUUUUCAUUGGUGGACAUUCGUUGACAAACUUUUCAACUAUGCCACAUGAUCUCCCAUUGCAUACUGGAUUUCAGGGAUGCAUUUACGAUUUGCAACUUAAAAGUGGAUCACUCGUCGUUCCAUUACAUGAAACAAAAGGAAUCAUUGGAAGAAGUGUUGGUCAAUGUGGAACAAGAGAAUGUCAUCGUCAUGCGUGUCAUAAUGGAGCUUGUUUGCAACAUGGCGCAACUUAUACUUGCAUCUGCCCCGAUGGUUGGUUUGGCACACUUUGUUCACAAAAAACAAAUCCAUGUGACGUCGAGAACAGCAAAUGUGAUCUCGAUUCAACAUGCGUUCCUCUAAUUAACAGUUAUGAGUGUGAUUGUCCAAUUGGAAAAAUUGGGAAAUACUGUGACAUUGCAAUGAAAUAUUUGAGUGAUGUGUCAUUAAGCGGAAAACGUUCGUACUUUGCGUUAAAUUGGCCUAACAAGACUCGCUCAAGCGCUUUUUCAAAAGAUCGCUACAGACAGCAAUUGCGGAUAUUACCCGAUGUCGACAUUUUCUCUUAUGACUCAUCGUCGAAAUUAAUGGCUAGGAACAUGAUCGAGCAUCAGAGGAGGGCACAGUUAUUCUCAAUGGAAUUUCAACUGCGUCCGUUAAGCGAGAGUGGCUUGUUGAUGUUCAUUGGCAAUUUCAAUGAGAAAGACGAAGGUUUCAUAAGUUUAUCAAUUAAUGGUGGGGUUGUAGAGUUUCGAAUUGCCGGACAUGAAGGUUUAUUGUCUGUGGUUAGAAGCAAUAGAAUCUUAGCGAUCGGAGAGUGGCACAAGAUUCGACUUUCACAGAAUGGUCGACGAUUAAAUCUUUGGAUUGAAGGCAGCUCAUCAUCGAAUCUUCUUCAACCAAAUUCAGUUUACUAUCACAACUACAACGCAAUGAUUUACAUUGGAGGCUUACCAGACCUGUCACAACUUCCGGUGAACUCAGUUUCCGGUUUUCCAAUUCCAUUCAAAGGCUGCGUACGUCAGUUUUAUCUCAACGGUCAUCGUUAUGUGUUAAAUGAACAAACAAUUGUUGAAUCAAGAAACAUCAAUGAUUGCGAUGGCACAGCAUGUGGUGGAGAUUCUUGUGACUUAGGUGGACAUUGUUACUUAGAUGACAAGUCAAAUCCACAUUGCAAAUGUCCUGCAACAUCAAAAGGGAUUCAUUGUGAGACUCCGGAAUCUUGUAAAAUCAUAAAAUGUAAGAAUGAAGGGAGAUGUAUGCCCAAUGGCGAAUGUAGUUGUCCGAAUGGAUGGGGCGGAUACUUUUGUGAAAUUGCCACGAACCGUUUCUCUAUUCCAAGCUUCAAUGGCAAAAGUUACAUGAUUAUACCGAGUCAGCGAUACACGCACAAAGAUAAACGAAAUGGACUUUCACCACGAAUAACAACGAAGUUUCUUCAAAUUUCAAUGAACUUUUCGACUAUUAGUAGUGAUGGGAUGCUUUUAUGGGGUGAUAAAAACGGAGAAUAUUUGGGAAUUGGUCUUGAAAACGGUUUUCUUAAGAUCACGUGCAAUAUCAUGAAUUUCAAAGAUAAUGUUAUCGAAAUACAAACGGGAUCGUAUUUGACUGAUGGUGGAUGGCACAAUAUUCGUCUUGAGAUUGAUGAGAAUGGUCAAAUGAUGAUUUUGAUUGAUCAUAAACUUGUUUACAAUGAAGAACACAAAGCAGAAAAAUUAGGGAAUAUUGAUCAACUUGGAGAAUCAUUUUACAUUGGAGGUUUUCCUUUGGGAGUUUCAAUCUUCAAUCGAACAUUCAACCAUUUUUAUAAGCCUUUUGCUGGUUGUCUUCAAGACAUUCAAAUAUUAAACUUCAACAGUCAAGGUCUUCAGCAAACGCAAUUUUCAGCAUUAACUCUUCAAGAUUUCUCGAAAUUUAAAGGUGAAAACAUCGGCGAAUGCGACCUGAGUGAUGAAUUUGUACAUACUUUCAAUAAUGUUUAAGAACAUAGACUGUAAAAAUAAUCAUUUUUCUAAUAUCGUAAUAUCGGGAACAUUUGUAAAUUUAAUGAUUGUAAAAUUUACAAAACCAAAAGUUUUAAUUUAAAAUUUAUUCCUGAAAGUUUACACCAUCAAGUUUCACAUUUCAAGUUGAAGAAUUCUUUUGUGAGAACAAAGAAAACUUGCUUCUUAUCUUGCAGAUGAAACCCACAAUGUGAUAUGAUUUAUGAAUAAUCCGACUCACUAGUCAAUUUUUGUUUGUUUUUCUUCUUUGAAAAGUACAAUUACAAGUAAUAUUUAAGUUUUCCUUGUAGAUUCUAAAGUAAAUUGGUAAAUCAUAGUCAAUAAAAACUUCCAAAUAGGAAAAGUUCAAUUUUACAAAUGA